CUCUCUUGUGGGACAACUGCCCCGGCCUCAAGAUCAAAAGCAACGACCCGCAGAUCGUCAUCAUCUUGCCUCCGAACGUCAAUUCUGUCUACCAGCCCAUGGACAUGGGCAUCCUGUUUGUACUCAUGUGCCAGUACAAGACCGAGAUGGUGGAAAGACUGGCAGACCUCAUCGAGGACUGGGACACCGUCCGUGCACGAAAAAUCCAAGGAGAGUGCCGGGGCCUCAACGAUGCAGGACAGGCGACAAUGCUGGACGUCACGGAGAUCUGUUCCCAGAAGUGGCGUAGCUUCGACGUUCAGACGGUCAUCAGGUGCUGGCUCAAGGCUGGCAUUCUUCCCAGGGAGCACUGCAACGUUCUCAAGUGCAUGGACACGCGGCUUGACCGAGAGGACAAGGACAACGUGGCAAUCGUCGAUGGCCUUUGUGACAUGGUCUCAAAAAUGUCGAUGCCAGCUAGCGUAACGGACUCUAGGUCCAUGCUGCGAGGGUUGACGGACGAUUUGUUUGUCGAGAAGGGCACAGACCUCACAGAGCAGGAAGUCCGAACGGCGGUCAAGACGUGGCUUACGGUAGAGGACGACCCCGAGGUGUUAGAAGAGGAGGUGGAGUUGGAACUGCAGGCAGUAGAGAGGGAUCUCGCCGGCUUAGAAACGGACGACGACAUAUCGAGCGAAGAGGGCGACGGCGACGGCAGGCCGGAGUCAUGCAUAACCUCGUCCCUCACCGAGGGCGAGGUUAUCUCUCGCUUGGAGGACGUUCGGUCCUAUUUGUACGCGAAGGGAAGGGGUGGCAAGUACCGUGAGACGCAGUACCUUCUUUCGAAGACCGUUCAUUCGUUUGCUCAUGAAACUCAACAGAGCCGUAGAGCCAAGCCGCGGGGGGAGGUUCAGGGAACUCUUCGCGAUAUGUGGAGGGAAAAGCCGUCAGGGUAGCUUGGUCUCCGCCGGGACAGUUAUAUGUACUGGUGUUCCUCGGGGCAACGCUGAAAUACGCUCGUUUUUUUUGUGUUUCACGAGCAUGAGAGAAAUAUAUUUCUGCUUGGACUUUCCUCCUU